AUGUGUUACACAUACCGCGUCCUCGAGUCCAUGGACUCCAACAUCUAUCUGUCUAUGCUCUAUCCUGAAUUGGACAAGUGUACCUCCAAGGUCGAGGUCGAACUUCUGUCGGUUUUCAUCAUGAAGUCUACUCCGAGCGUCACCGUGAACACAACCGAAGACUCCGACAACUCCGACGACGGCGAGUUCUUCGAUGCUCUGACCGGCGAAGACCUCUUUCCCGUCGACGACGACUGGGGCCACGAAGACUGGGGCCACGAAGACUGGAUCACACAAGACAUCGAUACCAAGGAAGACAACCUCCAGACCGAAGAAGACGAUACCUCAUUUGAGGCAGACACAUAUUCAGAAGAUAGCGGCCAUCCCUUCGCUGGCUGGCACUCACAGCGCCUGGUCAACAGCGACUGGGUCAACCAUAGCUUCAUCGACAAGACCGACCACAUCGACACCUGGGCGCGUCGAUCGGCAUCCUCCUCUCUGGCCCGGUGCAACUGGGUAGCAUUUCCUGAGGACGGCGGUUGGCCAAAGCCCGAGAACGAUCAUGUUUGGGGUGCCCCGGAGGCGCCGGAGCUGAGGCUUGUCACACCGGAGGGGGAUGUUUGGUGGUUAGAUGAUCCCGUCGAUUACGAGGCCCUGCCCUGGGAGAGGGAGGUCGCGGAGGAGCGGAACAGGAUUUUGAGUGCAAUUUGGUGA